AUGACUCCUAACCUUCACAGCGCCUUCUCCCACCUCCCUACCUCCCUCCUCCUCCCCCCCUCCUACAGCCUUGCUCUGGGCCUGGACCUGCAUGAGGAGGAGGCGGGGGAACACAGGAGAAGGAGGAGGAGGCGUAUGCUGGUUCAGACUCCAGGGCAGAGGAGUGACUUUCUGUCUGACUCGGCCUCCACUUCCUGUGUGCUGGCGUCUCACACUCAGGAGCUUACGGCCAGUGAGCUGCUGAGGAACAGAACUUUCUACGACGAGGAGCUUGAGUCAUCAGACCGUUUUUAUGGCAACCAACACCAACUGCUCCAGCUGUGCUACGCCCUCUACAACAUCCUGGCAGCCAGGUCAGAGACAGUAUGUUACCUGGUCAUCGUGCUGAACCACAUGGUGUCUGCCAGCUGUCUGACGUUGGUACUUCCUGUUCUGGUGUUUCUCUGGGCCACGCUGUCCGUACCUCGACCCAGUAAGACCUUCUGGAUGACGGCCAUCAUCUAUACAGAGGUUACUAUCGUCAUCAAGUAUUUCUUCCAGUUUGGUUUCUUUCCAUUCAACCAGAAGCUGGAGGUGGACCGCUCUAAACCCUUCCACCCCCCUAACAUCCUUGGGGUGGAGAAGAAGGAGGGCUAUGUCCUGUACGACCUGCUGCAGCUGCUUGCCUUGUUCUACCACCGAGCCAUACUCAAGUGCCAUGGACUGUGGGACCAGACUGUUACCAUGGAGACCGACACUCUCCGUCACCAGGAUGACUCUGCUGACGGUGCCACCUCUAUUGAUCCAGCCAACCCUGUCGACGUGCUGCGUCGCAGGAGGCGAACACGCUCCAGCUCCACCCAGCUGCGCUCUCCAGCAGGCAGCGUGAGCUCCAGAGCUCAGCAGCCCAGCCGGUUGGAUCUGCUGCUGGAGAAACUCAGAGAACUUUCCAUCAGAGCCAAGACGUACUCUGUUAGCAGGUGUAUGUCUCUCUACCGUCCGGUCCUUCAGUUCUUCAGAGCUCUCGUCCAACCAGAAUACAGCGCCGUCACUGAUGUUUACGUCCUCAUGUUCCUGGCCGACACCGUUGACUUCAUCAUCAUUGUCUUCGGCUUCUGGGCCUUCGGAAAACACUCUGCAGCUGCUGACAUCACUUCCUCCCUCUCAGAGGACCAGGUUCCUGAAGCUUUCUUGGUGAUGGUUCUGAUCCAGUUUGGUACCAUGGUGAUAGACAGGGCUCUGUAUUUGAGGAAGACAGUUUUGGGGAAGUUGGUCUUCCAGGUGAUUUUGGUUUUUGGGAUUCACUUCUGGAUGUUCUUCAUCCUGCCAACGGUCACUGAGAGGUAAACAACGUAUAAACGACUAAUAAACUACUGAUAAACUAAAUAUAAACAUAAACUACUGAUCUCCUCACCUACAAAGCUCUUCAUGGUCAGGCCCCUUCAUAU